UGUCCACAACUAUUCACACACAACACAACACAACACAAGUUGGUACUUCUUAGAAGCUAAUACUAAGAAGCAAAAGGUGUCUUUUUAUGUUGUUUUUGUAACAUCUUCCUUGCAAAAGGAACCAUCACCACGACCACCAUAUCAUGAGCAUCUCCACCACUGUUUUCUCUGAACCACUCUUCAAUUUCAAACUCUCUCACUACCACAGAUUAGCUACCAUUAACCGUUUCAAGCCAAAUUCUUCACACUCUCUCUCUUCCACUUCCAAUAUUAUUAACUAUGGUUCUUCUUGUUCUUGGACAUUGAAGCCACCGCAUAAGUUUCUCUCUCCAAAAUUUGUAACUUUUGCUACAAAUACUGAUACCCUUCAACAGAUUCAAUCUUCUGAUGAUGUCAUUUUCAGUCAGACUCAUCCCAUCAACAGAAUUCAACUGGUGGAGGGAAAGGUGUUUAUAAGAUUAGAUCAAGGGAAUGAUUUGAAGAAUUCGGAGCUUAUAGUUGGAUGCAAUCUACCAGGAAAAUGGAUUCUUCAUUGGGGAGUUUCUGGUGUGGAUGAUAUUAAAAGUGAAUGGAAUCAACCACCCCGUGAUAUGAUACCUCCAGGAUCUAUUCCUGUAAAGGACCAUGCAAUAGAGACACCUUUGAAGAAAUCAUCAACAUCACCGGAAGGAGAUACUUUUUAUGAAGUCAGGAUCAGUUUUAAGCCUAGCGAUGAGAUUUCAGCGAUUAAUUUUGUUCUCAAGGACGAGGAGACUGGUGCUUCGUAUCAACACAAAGGAAGAAACUUCAAAGUUCCUCUGGUAAACUAUCUUAAGGAGGAUGCUAAUUUAAUUGGACCUAAAACAGGCUUUAGUUUAUCCCAAGGAGACAUAGGACAGAUGUCUAACGUUAUCCUGGAUUCGGAAGCAACCAAUGACAAAGUUCAAGAUAGCAGCAGUGAAUCGGAAAGUCCAAAAAAGGAAAAUAGUCAAGUAGAAGGUUUCAAUGUAGAACUGCCUUUAACCAAGGAAGUUACUGUCAAUAACUCUAUCAGUGUCUCCGUUAGGAAAUGCUCCGAAACAGCUAAAAAUAUUUUGGAUUUAGAAACGGAUAUACCAGGUAAUAUUUUCCUUCAUUGGGGAGUUUGUAGAGAUGAUUUAAGAAGUUGGGAAGCUCCACCUGCUCCUCAUCCACCACAAACUGUAGCAUAUAAAGACACAGUUUUGCGAACUCAAUUAAAGCCAAAAGGAAGUGGAGAGGGAAGUUCAGCACAAAUCUCUUUGGGAGAAGAAUUUUCAGGAUUUCUUUUUCUUCUUAAGAUAAAUGAAAAUUCAUGGUUAAAUAACAAGGGAAUUGAUUUCUACGUCCCUCUCUCAACUUCCGGUAGCUUAGUUAUUGGCAACAGAGAGGAUCAAUCGAAAGUUGUAAAGAGUGAAGAGGCAGGCGAAAACGAAAACUCUGAAUUUACCAAUGAAAUAAUCAAUGAAAUAAGGCAUUUGGUUACUGGCAUUUCAUCUGUGAAGAGACGAAAAACGAAAUCCAAAGAAGCUCAAGAAACCAUUCUUCAAGAAAUUGAAAGACUGGCCGCUGAAGCCUAUAGUAUCUUCAGAACCUCUGUUCCAACUUUCUCCGAGGAAGCUAUUGUGGAAUCCGAGGUUGUUUUGGAUUCCGAAUCACCUGAGUUGCCUCCGAAAAUCAUGUCCGGAACAGGCACAGGGUAUGAAAUUGUAUGCCAAGGAUUUAAUUGGGAGUCUAAUAAAUCUGGAAGAUGGUACAUGGAGCUUAAAGAGAAAGCUAAAGAACUAGCAUCUCUUGGCUUCACUGUGAUUUGGUUACCGCCACCUACAGACUCUGUUUCACCCGAAGGAUACAUGCCAAGGGAUUUAUAUAAUUUAAAUUCUAGGUAUGGUACCAUUGAUGAACUGAAGGACGUGGUGAAAGAAUUCCAUAAAGUUGGAAUCAAAGUUCUAGGAGAUGCUGUUUUGAAUCACCGUUGUGCCGAGCAUCAGAAUAAGAAUGGUAUUUGGAACAUAUUUGGAGGUCGUCUCAACUGGGAUGAUCGUGCAGUUGUAGCUGAUGAUCCACAUUUUCAGGGGAGGGGCAACAAGAGUAGUGGAGAUAGUUUCCAUGCGGCUCCAAACAUUGAUCAUUCACAGGACUUUGUGAGAAACGAUAUUAAAGAAUGGUUAUGCUGGUUAAGGGAAGAAAUUGGAUAUGAUGGAUGGAGGCUUGACUUUGUAAGAGGAUUUUGGGGUGGUUAUGUAAAGGACUACAUGGAUGCAACCAAACCAUAUUUUUCCGUGGGAGAGUACUGGGAUUCUCUCAGUUAUACAUAUGGUGAGAUGGAUCAUAAUCAAGAUGCACACAGGCAGAGGAUCGUUGACUGGAUCAGUGCUGCUGGUGGUACUGCAGGUGCAUUUGAUGUUACAACCAAAGGGAUUCUUCACUCUGCGUUGGAAAGAUGUGAGUAUUGGCGCUUGUCGGAUCAGCAGGGAAAACCCCCUGGUGUUAUGGGAUGGUGGCCGUCUCGUGCCGUUACUUUUAUAGAAAACCAUGACACUGGUUCUACACAGGGUCACUGGAGAUUUCCCCACGAAAAAGAAAUGCAAGGAUAUGCCUAUACUCUUACACACCCAGGAACUCCAUCAGUGUUCUUUGACCACAUUUUUUCUCACUAUAAAACUGAAAUAGGGGCACUUCUCUCUAUUCGGAAACGAAACGGGAUCAACUGCAGAAGCACAGUUAAAAUUACCAAAUCAGAAAGGGACGUUUAUGCUGCUAUCAUCGACGAAAAAGUUGCUAUGAAGAUCGGUCCUGGUCAUUAUGAACCACCUAGUGAUUCCCAAAAAUGGAAAUCAGCUUGGGACGGAAGAGACUACAAUAUUUGGGAGCUGGAGGAAUCAUAAUAUAUUUAUUUUAUAUCUUAUAAUAUGUAUUUAUUCCUUUAGAAAAUCUUCUUGUAUAUCUCAUUGUGGCAAGCUACAAUUCAAGUGAGUUUGCUGCACAUAAGCAUCAUUAUAGAGAAGGUUGCAGAGGGUUCAUUUCAGCUUAAGUCUGGCUCAUCUGAAACUAGAAGCCUUCAAAUCAAUAUUUGAAAUUGAAUUGUAUCAUAUUUACUAUGUUUACAAUUCAUAUAUUGUAUUUAGAUUAUUGUGACAAAAAGUGUAUUGAACAAUUGGCACUUAUACUACAUAAAGCCAUCAACUUUUGAAGUAAUUGAUGGGUCCACAUCUAAGAAUUGAUA